GUGAUCGCGUAUUUGACCGCAGAGUUCGCGAAACUCGAUUCGCCGAACCGCUUGUCUGUCGUCAACCGACCGCCGAGUAAGCCGUGGGUCGCCGACACUCGCAACCAGAACUUCACGGCCGCUAAACUCGCCGUUCGUGCCGUGUUUGGCGCGGAUCCCGAUCUGACCCGAGAAAGCGGUUCAAUACCAGUGGCCCUAACCUUCGAAGAGGUGACCGGAAAGAGUGUCCUUCUGUUACCAAUCGGCGGUUGUGAUGACUGCGCGCACUCACAGAAUGAGAAGAUUGACCGCAAGAACUAUAUCUCAGGCACUAAAGUGUUGGCCGCAUAUAUCCAUCACUUGGCGAAUGUCUGAAUACAAUUGAGACCACAGUUUUCAAUACAAACGGCGCUUUCUUUUGGACACUAUUUUCAACACUAAUUAUAAGCCAAACAAAACUUAUAUGUAAAAAAUGGAAAU